CCAGCCCUGGGCACAUGACUGGGACAUUGUGGUCUCAGUUCAGCCAUCCCAGCCCUGCAGUCGUGCUGGACAAACCCAAGCCGUGGGACAGAAGGUGUUUUGUGGCAAUGAGGUUGUAGCAGGAGCUACAAGAAGCCACACAGCUGCUCAGUGCUUGCGGCCAAAGCCUCUCUCUGAAGAAGCCCUUCUUGAGCCGAAUACAGAGGGAGCCAAGAGGGACAUGAUGCUGCCUGUGACCCAAGUGCUGGCCUUCGGUGAGUGCCAGAGGCUGUGGGGAUUCCCAGAGGGCAACAGGAGGUGUCCACACACUCCACAGAGAUGUCACACCCCUGCUUCUCCUGCAGGUGCUUGGCUGGUGGCACAGAGUGAGGCUACAUCGAGUGAGUAUCUUGACGAGGCAGAUGGGGAGUUUGGACACAUCUCUGGGCCCACCCAUCUCCCAGGGCUCUUCCACAGCCCCCUGGAACAAAACUCACUCUUGUAUGGAGACAAGGCCUGGUGGCAGCCCUGGGCUCAUGGCAGGGCAGCUGCAGGGGGCUCCCUGUCUGUCUGGCAGUAUCUCUCUCCCUGUGCAGGUGCUCCCACAAUCUCCAUCUUCCUGAAGCCACCUGGGGUGAUCCCACUAGGAGGCUCCACCACCAUCUGCUGCAUUUUCCAGCAUACCUAUGGGAGCUUUGUGCUGUACAAGGGCAGCCACCGGCUCCGUACCCUGGAGAAGAGUGGCAGUAGGGCCGAGUUCUCCAUCUCUAAUGCCACCUACGAGGACGGGGGUACCUACUACUGCCAUUACCUGGAGGGAGGCACUGUGCUGGCUCGAAGUGAUGAACUGGAAGUCUCUGUUGAAGGUGAGGGAUGUGCUGUUCCCCUCUUGUGGGGAAACACCCCAGGGCACACCAGGAUGCCCAUGGCCAUCUCCACUAUGGGUUCUUCCUCUUCCCUGGCUUGGAGAGGUGGGAACCAUCUUCACCUCUGCCUGAGCCAGAGAUCCAGGUGCUUCACAGAGAUCCAGGUGCUCCUAGCACCAUGCCAAAGCUUUCUACACCUUCUCAUUCCCUCUCCUGCCCCCACAGAGCUCCGUCUCCCCAGACCCGACCUCUCUGUCCUGCCUGGGCAUGAGGUGAGAGCGGGAGCUGACGUGAUGUUCCGCUGCACCACCACACACCCCAGCACUGGCUGUUACUUGUACCUGGAGGGCCAGAUCCGAGCCCAGCUCCUCUCAAGGGAACAAGGUGACUACAACUUCUCCCACGUGCAGAAAGGUGACAGCGGCCGCUACAGCUGCCAGUGCUACACCAUGAGUGCUUUGAGAGAAUGGUCUGCUGUCAGCAACACCCUGGACUUGGUGGUGAGAGAUUAUACGCUGUUCAACGCCGUGCGCCUGGCGCUGGCGGCCGGGCUGCUGCUCCUGCUGGGACUCAUCACGGCAGACGCCGCGCGCAGCCGGGGCUGGAGGAGCCAAGAGCUCCUCGCAGGCAGCGCUGCCCCGCGGGCACCGCCGCGAGACCGCUGGGAUAAAUAAAUUGCGUCUGUCGCCAUCCCUGUCCCGCUUCCUGUCCCAGUCGCGGUUCCUGUCUCGGUCUCUGCCCCUGCCCCUGUCCCUGUCCCGGCUGCCUCGGGGGCCCCGCGGGACGGACGGGCGGUGGAACCCCCAAGAACACGCAGAGGGGCGGGGGCACUGACCACCGCACUGACCCGUGCACCGACUCUGCACUGACCUCUGCUCUGACCACUGCGCUGACCGCUGCACUGACCUCUGCACUGAGCGCCGCACUGACCCCCUGCACUGACCACUGCACUGACCACUGCUCUGACCGCUGCACUGACCACUGCUCUGACCAUUGCACUGACCCCUGCACUGACCGCUGCACUGACCCCUGCACUGACCUCUGCACUGACCACUGCACUAACCGCUGCACUGACCGCUGCACUGACCACCGCACUGACCUCUGCACUGACCACUGCACUGAUCACCGCACUGACCUCUGCACUGACCACUGCAUUGACCACCGCACUGACCACUGCUCUGACCGCUGCACUCACCACUGCACUGACCCCUGCACUGGCCGCUGCACUGACCACUGCACUGACCGCUGCUCUGACCUCUGCUCUGACCACUGUACUGUCCGCUGCACUGACCCCUGCUCUGACCUCUGCACUGACUACUGCUCUGACCGCUGCACUGAUCCUCAGCCACACAGUGACUGCUGCACUGACUGCUCCUGCUGCACAGUGACCAUUGGACUGACCACCCCUGCCACACAGCAACCGCUCCAGCCAUGUUGUGCCUGAUCUCACAUGGUGACUGCUUCUGCUGCACACUGACCACUCCACUGACCUCACCUGCUGUACAGUGACCACACUGGCCACACAGUGAAUGCUCCCCCGCAGUGACCAAUGCACUGACCUCUCCCACCACACACUGACUGCUCCUGCUACUCCACUGCACAGUGACUGCUCCAGCCCUGCAGUGACCGCUCCUGCAGUGCAGUGACUGGUCCUGCAGCACAGUGACCACUCCUGCUUCACAGGCCUCUGUUGCUCACAUUUGUUUAUUAUUUUAAAACAUUGACAAAACACACCACACCACCAUCUAUAUAUAUAAAUUUACUUUUGUACCACUAUAAAUUUAUAUAUAUAGAGCCUUUAAAUCUCUGUACAUUCAGGACACAGUUCCAGAAUAGCUGCACUGGCUACGACAGAAAGAUUUUCAUUACGAAAACACAGAGAGGAGGCGCCAAUAUCAAAAACACAGAAAAAAAAAAAAUUAAGAAA